UUAUUUGUUUGUUGUUAGCAAGAAUGGGGAGCCUUUACUACACCUGGUCCUCAAGAGACAGGAGGAGAGAGCAGAUGCCAGGUCUCAGAGAGAAGGGCAAUGGUUAGGAGAGGGCUGCUACACUGGAGCUCAGAGGACUCAGAUGCUGAAGUUAUCUGCCAGCCAGGCAGCCUCCUUUGUGUCCAGGGGUCCCUCGUCAGUAGGAAUGGGUAGCAGACUUAUGCUCACAGGACCAAGUGAAGGUCAAGCAUCACCAGGUGGACCUUAGAUCUGGCCUGAAGUGCUGAGAACUCGGCUGCUAGGUUAAGCUUCUAGAGGCUGACAGUGCUCUCUCACCAGAGGAAACAGCCAUGGAGCAAGUCCACCAGCCUGCAAGGAUGAAGCACCUUCAAGGCCCCCACUUAAACCAAGGCCCAGGAAGUUCCUGUGACCCCUUGGCUCUUGAGGAAGAGCUGAUGUCUGCUUCCCAAUUGGAGGAGGAGGAAGAAAAUGGAGAGGGGGGAGAGGAGCUGGAUCCAGACCUAGCCCCAGACGUGGAGGAGGAGGAGGGAAGGGAGCAGGAGGAGAAUGAUCUCGGGGAUCCAGCUGUCCUUAGCGCUGUCCAUAACACCAAGAAGGGUCUUCUUGGCUCCCCUGGAUUCAAGGCCCCUGCUGUGCUGGGGAUGUCACCUGCCUCCUUGCAGUUUCUGUGGCAGGCCCCGGACUACCUGGCACCACUUCCUUUCCGGCCUGCCUUUCCCAGCGCCCACUCUCCAGCCCGGCACUUUGGACCUCGGCUGCCCUCCCCUGACCCAUCUCUCCUCUGCAGCCCAUCCACCUCCUGGCCCCUUAGGCUCAGUCAUCUGACCCAGCUGCACCCUCAGCACCAACGUAUCCUGAAGCAGCAGCAGCAGCAGGAGCAGCUUGGUCGACCACCAAGCCCCUCAGCCACGAAGCCUUGGUCUCAGCAGCCAGACCCCUAUGCUAACCUCAUGACCCGAAAAGAGAAGGACUGGGUGGUAAAAGUGCAGAUGGUUCAGCUGCAGAGUGAGAACCCCUGCCUGGACGACUAUUACUACCAGGAAUAUUAUCAGAAAUUAGAGAAGAAACAGGCAGAUGAAGAGAUACGCGGACGAAGGAACAGGGUUGAGUCCCUCAAGCUGGUCACACCUUACAUUCAGAAGGCAGAGGCUUAUGAGUCAGUGGUUCGAAUUGAGGGUUCCCUGGGCCAGGUAGCUGUAUCGACGUGUUUUAGCCCUCGCCGAGCUAUUGAUGCUGUGCCCCAUGGAACUCAAGAGCAGGAGACAGGAGCUGCAAGCAGUCAGAGGCUUCAGGUACUGGACCGGAUUGAGAAGAUGUUUCUUCAGUUACUAGAGAUAGAAGAGGGCCAGAAGGAUGGGCCCCUACAGCCCUGCGACUCUGAGCAGCACAGCAACCAGGUGGAGAAGCUCUUCCAGGCCUUAAAGACCCACGAGCAGAAUACUCAGGAGGAGGCAGCAGAUGGCUUCCUGCAGGUGCUCUCCGUGAGGAAGGGGAAAGCCCUAGUGGCCCGGCUGCUCCCCUUCCUGCCCCAGGAUCGGGCUGUCAGCCUCCUUCUGACCAUCACCCACCACCUGCCCCUCCUGGUCCGGAGGGAUGUGGCUGAUCAGGCCCUACAAAUGUUAUUCAAACCUCUGGGCAAAUGUAUCAGUCACCUGACCUUCCACGAGCUCCUCCAAGGGCUUCAGGGACUCGUCCUGUUACCACCUGGCUUCUCGGAGCGGCCAGUCACUGUGGUGCUUCAGAAUCAGUUUGGAAUAUCUUUGCUCUAUGCCCUGCUGAGUCAUGGAGAGCAGCUGGUAUCCCUGGAUUCUUCCCUAGAGGAACACAACCGUGACCGUACAGCUUGGACAGACAUGGUCAUUCUCACUGCCUGGGAGAUAGCCCAAAUGCCCACAGCAUCUCUGGCAGAACCCCUAGCCUUCCCCAGCAACCUUCUUCCCCUGUUCUGUCACCACGUGGACAAACAAUUGGUUCAGCAGCUCGAGGCUAGGAGGGAGUAAGUGAUUGAGGAAACAAAGUUAUAGCUCCCUGUUUAAGCCCAAAUGAGGUUCUGUCUCUUAAAUCUCUACUACUUUAAAACCAGUAAGAAUAUGGAGUAUAACUUGUUUUCCGGAGUAUUUCUAGACACUGGCAUGUACUGAGUAACCAGUCUGCUCCAAUUUAGGGCCCUCUGUCCUGUGUCUGCAGCCAAACCUUUCUGUUUAUUUCCAGGUGAUUUGGUCAUUUAUCACACUAUGUUAUUUGAGGGAAAGAAUUAAUUUUAGAAGUUGGACUGUUCAUUCAAGAAAUAUUUGAGGGAAAACUCUUCCAGGAUGUAAACAUACAAACAUCAUCUAGGUCAUCUGUCUUCAAAAUCUACCAUCUGCUGGGAAGAAACAUAAUAAUCACACCACAUUUUAGAAAAGGGAGUUGUUUGGAUUUAACAUCUCUUCUCUUUGUAAGCUUGCCUUGAUCUACUGAUCCAACUGUACUGGAACCCAUAUUUAUGGGAAGAGUUUAAUGAUGAGACACUAGCUGUGUAUGGGCUCUGCCCACAAGGGUCCAGAGAGUCUGAAGACCGUUCUUGGUAUAUUGGAGGACUCUUCCCAAUAUAUUUUCUUACGCUUUCUUCCAGCAUCUAAACUAUGUGCCUAAAAAGGCAUGGCAAAAUGUGGUAUAAUUAAAAAGAUAAUAGAA